AGGGGCGAGUUGAAUUCAAGAAGGAUACAGCAGAUUGCUGAGAACAGCAAUUUCUAAUCAACUCACAGCAUGGAGAUAACAGAUUAUGACAAGAGAACCAGGAAUGAAAAUGUUUUGAACUGCUUGUAUCAAAAGCCCGAUGCAGUUUUUAAGCUGAUUUGCUUUCCCUGGGCCGGAGGCGGCUCUGCUCACUUUGCCAAGUGGGGCCAAACAAUUAAUGACUUACUGGAAGUUCAUGCUGUAAGGCUGGCUGGAAGAGAAACUCGCCUUCAUGAACCGUUUGCAAGCGACAUCUACCAGAUAGCUGAUGAAAUUGUAUCUGCUCUGCUCCCCAUCAUCCAGGAUAAAGCAUUUGCAUUUUUUGGCCACAGUUUGGGAUCCUACAUUGCUUUCCUGACCGCACUGCGCCUCAAGGAGAAACACAAAAUGGAACCGCUGCAUUUCUUUGUGUCCAGUGCAUACGCCCCGCACUCAAAAUCCCGGCCUCAAGUUCCUGAACUUAACAAACUGUCAGAAGAACAAAUCAGACACUACCUUCAGAAUUUUGGAGGCACCCCCAAGCAUCUCAUAGAUGACAAGGAUUUCCUCAAUCAGUGCGUUCCCAUUCUGAAGGCAGAUGUUAUCGUUUUGAAAAAUUUCGUCUUCGACACACCCUCAGAAGCCCUUCUUUCUCGGGACAUAACAUGUUUUAUUGGAUCCGAAGAUAUGGUAAAGGACAUAGAAGGCUGGAAAGACAUCACCAGUGGGAAGAUUGAUGUCCACACGCUGCCAGGUGAUCACUUCUAUCUGUUUGAACCUGACAACGAGAAAUUCAUCAAGAACUACAUAACCAAGUGUCUGGAGCUGUCGUCACUCGAUUGCUUUUAGAUGGACUUUCUUCGGUCCUUCCAACAUGCAAACGGAUCACAAGCCGUGAUCAUGGGGUCAUGGAGAUGCAGCUCUUUAGUUUUCAGAGACCGGAAAGAUGCAUACUAAUGAAUGUCUUCAUGGAACAUUUCUUUAUCUGGGGAAGAGACGAAUGCUAAAAGUCAGGGAGGCAAAGGAGCUAUUGUAGUUGAUAGGUGCAAUGGGAAGAGGGGGGUAUUUGGAGGGGGGUGUCGCCACUAGUAUGUUACUCAUGCUCCAGUGAAUGCCACUACACACUUGUGGCACAUGCAGGCAGCACCAGUUGGACUUAGUGAGCUAUUUAAAAAGAAGAAGAAGACGAUGAGAAGAGGGUAUGAAGUUGGGAGGGGUACAUGGUGGAGGACGUCUGUCGGGGGGUUGGAAAGGCAAGUAAGGGGUGGAUGUGAUCAAAACAUAAUGUAUACAUUUAGGAGAAUUUCAAAGGAUAAAUAAAAAUAUUGUUAAAGGAAGAAAACUUCUGCUAGAGUCCUUUAUCUUCUUAUUAGAAUCUAAUUUGAUUGACAUUUAUACAAAGUUUUUUCAGCCAAGUGCCUCCAGGUGGGGUUACACCUGCAGCCUCUUGCACUAUUUUAAAGGCAAGAGUGAUUGACAAAGGGAAAUUAUCUCCAAUACCACAGUGUGGCUCAAAGUUUAAUCUAAUCUUUAGAAAUAUACCUUAGACCUAUUUCAUAAGAAAGAAUAAUUGCUGCUUUAUCAAAAUACAAUGCUAAACAAUUACUGUCCACUGUGAUAGGAAGACCUCAGGGUGCUUACAACCCCAGGUGUCUUGUGGUCCUGCUGCCCUGGCAGUGAUUGGCUGGAACUCAGAGCCUCUCCACGGGCAGCUAAACCACAGCCUGGUUAGGUAACUUGUCCAUAUCACAUAGGAAGUCAGGAAGUGACCUGGAGGCAAGUCUACCUGCCAUUCCACAGUGCCCACCGUGGGAGUCCAAAGCUACAUGGUGCAGCAAAGGAACUGAACUGUUCUUGUUUGUCCAGCCCACUCACCCUUGCCUUCCGUUUCAGGCUUUUCUUUUUUGAGACAGG